CAAUAGAAGCAUCCAGGAAGUUGAUUCUGCUCGGUUUUUGGCCAGGAAACAGGGAAAUACGCCAGAGAUUUCGCGGAAAAUAGUGUAGAGCGAUAGAUGAGGGUGUGUUGGAUAGGGUUGAUGUGGAAUUAUUGCUGGCGCGAAGGUGUGGAGAGCGUUGGAAGUGAUUGAAGUUGAGGAUGCUUCCCUCGACGGGUCUCUUCAAGUCAAUAAACUGCCCAUUUUUCACCACUGAUUCAUGCUCCAGGCCGUACUGCCACUUCAGGCACUCGCGGAAAGAUGAGAGCCAGACUCAGGCGCCUCCAGUGUACACGCCGUCAGCGCAGCGGAAGGAGGCGAAUGGGGCGCAGCAGGAAGGACCAGUGGCGAAAAAGGCGAAGCUGGAGUACGUGCCCCACAGUAUUAGUACAAAAGCCGUGACGAGCGACUUGCCGGCGCCUUCGUAUAUUCCCAAAAUAUCGGUGCUCAGCAAGGCCAAUCCGGAUGAGAUUUCUUUCGAUGAGAUUGAUGAGGAGCUCAAUCUCAUCUCUGACAUCCUUCAUGAUGUGGAGAGCAAUGGGGAGCUGUUGGAGGAGACUCCUGUGGCCACGUACACGCCGUCUAAGAUCAUCGAGGAGGAGAAUCCAGUGGUGAAAGACAAUGGAAAGGAGAACGUGGAGGAAAAGGUGGAAGAAGCGGCGCUGAAGGAGUCAAAAGAAGUUGUCAAGGAGGAGAAGAUGAAGUCUAAGGAUGAAAAGAGGCACAGAUCUUCACGUUCUUCAGACAGUCACCGCUCCAGUUCGUCAAAAUCUCGACAUCACAGCUCUAAAUCCUCGCACAAAAGCAGCAAAAGUUCCUCCAAAUCCCACGACUCGGAUAGGAAGCGCAGUCACAGCUCCUCAUCACGACAUCAUUCAUCAUCCAGUCGCUCCUCCAAGUCCUCCAGUGAGAAGAGGUCCGAGAAGAGCUCAUCGAGUCACUCCUCAAAGUCUUCCAAGCCUUCCUCAUCGUCAAAUACUCAGAAAAGCCCCGAACCUGCGGAAGACAUUGACAUCUUUGCCCUCGAGGCGGAGACUAGUGACGAGGAUGACAUCAUGGAGCAGUGCAAGAUGAUCUUCGAGGAGUUUCAGGACAAAUCGCAGGAGAAACCUGCGGAAAUUGAGAAGAAGUCUGACGCAGACGUGUCUGAGAAGUACGACGACGGGCCGAAGAAGAAGCGUAUUGCUCAUGAGAAUGCCCAGAAUCGUCCUUCACUGCUUCCGGCGCCGCCGAAGCGUGUCAAUCACAUGCAUAAUGCUCUGCAAAGUGUCUAUCAGCGACAAGAACUGGUGCGGAGACAGCUGGAGGUGGCCAAAGUGGUCAAGGAGGAGGAGAAAGUGGUGGAACCGCCGCUAAAAUCACCGCCUCUGUCACCAGGAAUGAUACCAGUGAGGCGAACCAUAGCGCCAGUAUCGAACACAAUUGCCCUGAUGAAUGCCAAGAAGCGCAUUGAGGAGCUGAAGAAGCAGCGAACAGUGGCGCAGACGGCGUCAAAGAUGGGCAAGAGAGUGGCUCACGUGAACACGGCGGUGCUGACGGAGAAGGCUGCGCCGCCAGUUCUGGAAGCGUCCGCCACGAAGAUCUCGUACAAUCUGCGCAUGCAAUACUACAAUAUAAUGAUCAAGCACUGUCUGGCGAUCUAUCCCAACUGUGAGGAUGCAUGGCAGAGAGCUCAGACUGAGGAGUUGACGGUGUUCAAGAAGUGCAGUAAUCCGAUGAUCUACAAGAGCAGUGCUUCCUUAACAGUGAAUAAGCUGCGCAAGGAGUCAAUUGAGGCGGGAAAUAUACAGACGGAGAAGAGCAAUGUUGUGUCGCAUGAUGUGAUUUUGGCUGGAAAGUCUGCGCAGAGUACAUCGUGGAGCAUUAACAAGAAAACGAGAACCGAUUCAACGUCCAGUGGAAGCAGCUUCGAUAGCAUAGCCAGCUCAAAAGCCUACGAUUUGGCGGCUGAGUGUAUUUUGACUGAGGAACAGCUGAAGGAGAAUGGCUUUCCGCGCCCGGGAAACUACAAAGGACACGCGACAAUAUGCAAGACGUAUCAGAAGCACCACUUGAAUCCACCAAAUCCGGACGAGAGGUACUGCAGCCGCUGCUCUAAGCUGUUCAACAUCUCUUGCUAUGACUAUACGAGGGUGGACGAGUGCAAUUACCAUCCGAAGAGCACGGGAUUCCGCCGGGGAUUUGCAGACAAUCUGCACAGAUGCUGUCAGCAAACGGCUGGGACGCCGGGAUGCAUGUAUGCCAAUUACCACGUGACGCACCAAAUGGAUUAUGAGAACCUGACGGGCUUUGUGACGACGAUUUCACGGGACGAAGACUACGUGUGCACGCGGAAAGACAUUUACGCCCUGGACUGUGAGAUGUGCUACACAACUGAGGGCCUGGAACUGACCAGGGUCACUGUGGUGGACAUUGACCAGACGGUGGUGUACGAUGCGCUCGUGAAGCCAGACAACAGGAUUGUUGACUACAAUACCACCUAUUCGGGAAUCACGGAAGCGAUGUUGGCCAAAGAGACGCGUACUAUUCGGCAGGUGCAGGCGGUUCUGCUGUCCAUGUUCCACACGCGCACAAUCCUGGUGGGGCACAGCUUGGAGAGCGACUUGCAGGCACUCAAGAUGAUCCACAGCACCGUGGUGGACACUUCAGUGCUGUAUCCACACAAGAUGGGCCCGCCGAAGAAGCGCGCGCUCAAGACGCUCUGCAUCGAGAACCUCAAGCGGAUCAUCCAGGAGAAUGAGAGUGGUCAUGAUAGUGCUGAAGAUGCGGAGGUUUGCAUUCAGUUGCUGAAGCACUACUUGAGGAAUCGGAUAACGUAGUUGCGCUGAGAAUGCGUAUCUUGAUAUUUUCUCGAACGUUAUUUAAACAUCAUCCCUGUAUUUAUUUUCUUUCACACAUUCUCAAGACGGAUUCAAUAAAGGAAAAACGAGAGCUUGAAAUAUAUUGAAUGUUUCUACAGAUAUAGUGUUGGAUAUAUAAUUGAUUUUUUCACAAUAUUUGACAUGUUUCAUCCAACGUAAUCGUUUUCAUCGCCUAAAGCAUAUUAUCUGGUCAUUAUUGGUGGAUAUUUUAAUUAACUCGCGCCGUAUGAAUUGACGAGAUUCAGAGAUAUAUUUUUAAAUGUGUGUCAAAAUCAUUUUCAAUAUACAAAAUUUGCAGGAAAUUUUUACAACGCAGAACUUUGAAAAUGAAGGGAAAAUCAUGCAAAAUUGACUUUGUAGAAUAGAAUGAUUUCUUCAAUGCAAUAAUAACUAACAAUUAUGAUAAGAAAUGUUCUGAGCUCAUCGUUAAAUUGGGAUUAAAGUCUCUGCGCGACCAUUUGAACAAUGAUUGAGCAAUUGUGAAUUAGAGAGUGAGAGAGAGGGAAAGAUUGACAUAAGAAAUAAACGGAAUGAGGAGUGAAUUUCAAUGA